GGGGGGCUGUGUCAGACACUGAUAACCAAACAGAGCACUCCAUCAGCACAGGACCCGCUUCUGAAGGCCAAGGGUGACCAGGAACCAAAGAAGAGCACAAUAAACCUGUAAGAGAUUGAGAUCCUCUCCCCCCCAACCGGCAAGGAAGCACGGCCAUGCUCUCCUCUGCCCCCCCUCCCUCAAUCACCACGUUUCAGCACAGUCCCAGGAGAAGGCCUUGCCACACCUCUCCGCCCCACAGCCGCCACCGUGGGUCGUUUGGGGACCACGGGCUGUGUGGAGAGCCCCCCCACGCCACAGCCAGCCCACAGCCAUGUCCAGCACACAGCCGGAGCCCCGCAGCGCUGGGGCGGCUCUGCCUUCACCUCAUAACCGAGGACGAGGCGUGAAGGCCCAACCGCACCCCCCACUCUCCCCACCCGCUGCUCCCCCCCGCCCCACAGCGGCCUCCCAGCCACAGGCAGGACCCGGAGGAAGCUUCGGAGCCCGGCAACCUGCUGGCCGGAGCCCCCCGGGCCGUCCCCGGCUCCCCCCCGCCGCUCAGCCCGGCGCGGCCUUACCCGAGGCGCUGAGGGAAAAUGGAGGCCUCAGCGGCGGCGGUGGAGGCGAACGAGGAGGGUGGGGGGGAGGGGGGGGCGGAGCAGACGAGCUGCGAUCUCCGGACGGGCAGAGCGGCGCCACUUCCGCUUCCGGUGGCGGCCGUCGCGGGGAUGCGGCGGGGUCCGGUGCCGGUGGUGGCCUUCGUGCUGGCGCUGGGCGCGGCGGCGCGGGGUGGUGGCUCCGGGCCCGUGACGUGCGGUUCGGUGGUGAAGCUGCUCAACGUGCGGCACAACGUUCGGCUGCACUCGCACGAUGUGCGCUACGGCUCCGCGGGCAGCAGUCGGUGACCGGGGUGUCGGCGGCGGAUGAUGGGAACAGCUACUGGAGGGUGCGAGGCCGCACGGCCGCUGUGUGCGAGCGGGGCCAGCCGGUGCGCUGCGGGCAGGCCAUCCGCCUCACGCACCUGGGCACCGGCCGCAACCUGCACAGCCACCACUUCGUCUCCCCACUCUCUGGCAACCAGGAGGUGAGCGCCUUUGGGGAGGAUGGCGAGGGCGACUACCUGGACGACUGGACUGUGCUGUGCAGUGGGACCUACUGGGCACGGGACAGUGAGGUGCGCUUCCAACACGCCUCCACCGACGUCUUCCUCUCAGUGACGGGCGAGCAGUAUGGGCGGCCCAUCAACGGGCAGAGGGAGGUGCACGGCAUGGCCACCUCCAGCCAGAAUAACUACUGGAAGGUGAUGGAAGGCAUCUUCAUGCAGCCCGGAGAGAUGUUCAAAGCUGAACAGCACCACGUGGAGUUGUGACAGACGGACUGAUGCGUUCGGGGCGGCUCAGCGCGGGGACGGCCCCUGUCCAUAUGUGGUUGUGACGCGCACUGGGAAGUGGAGCCCAACAUCCUGAAUUCAACACAAA